GUGUUUUUUUUCGAAAUAACACCAUCAUCAAUAUUUAAAUUGAAACAGUGGCUUUGAAUAUAGCAUUUUCUCUACCAUUUCCUGGGCCCAUUCACCCAGAUGCCAUAAUAAGCUAUGGAUAAAAAUUUACAUCUACAAUUAAACAUGCAAACCUCAACGAGCAGUUCCUCCGACUCGGAUGGAAACGUGCUAUGUGAGAGCAUGAGAAAUUUGGAUUUCCAAUGCAACAAUGGAUGCUAUAGGAAAAUUAAAUUGCUACUACAGAAUGCCUUGCAGGAUAAAUCGACAAUCAAGGAAUUGGAAAUUCAGUUGGCCAAACUAGAAGUGAAUGUGUCAACGGCUGCCGAUAAGAUUAAAGAUAAAGACGAGGUUAUUGCCGCUUUAAAAAUGUCCAUUGCAUUCUGUAAGAACAACAAUUACAACAAUGGCAAUAAUAAUAAUGAUCACAAUGAGUCAUCAUCCCGAUUGGAUGAUCUUAAGGCCACUCUGCGUGACAAAGAUAUUCAAUUGGCCCAUCUGCAAGGACAAUUGAAGGAAACCGAAGCCAGAACGGGACAUCUAUUAAACCAUAUACGAAAUGUCGAAGCAAUGAACCGAUCUUCUUCGAAUCCCCAUAUAGCUGAAAUUAUUGCGCGCGAUCGCCAUAUCGGGGAAUUGAAAAAGAUAAUCGAUAGCAAAGAUGCUCAAAUUGUUCUACUGGAUUUGGAAUCAAGCAAUCAUACAAAAGCUGAUUCAGUGGCCGAACUUAAAGAGAAAACCGAACUAUUGGCCAAACAAGAGACCAUUAUUAAGGAACAAACAAUUAUUAUUGAGAAUUUACAAUCGGAAAUCGAGCAGAAUGAUGUAAAACUUCAGGAAAAUGUGAAACUGCUUGCCAUAUGCAAAGCCCAACUGAAGGAGAAGGACGAUAGGCAGGCAGAAAAACUUCUAAAGGAUGCCAAAGCUAAAAUAAAUAGCUAUACAAAUACUAUUAAACAGCUUAAACAAAAUAAUAUUGAUCUACAGACGGGAGCUACGGCAUCCAAAGCCGAAAAUUUGGCUCUACAACAGACCAUUGAAGAACUAACAAAUAAACUAAGUCAGAUUGAGAAAAAGUCGAGCAAUUCCAAAGCCGAAGAGCAAAAGAAACUUGAAACGCAAAAGAAACUUGAAAGUCAAAAAAAACUUGAAACGAAAAAGAAAAUUGAAUCAAAAAAAGAAGAUAAAUUUACACCACACGCAGAAGUUGAGGAACUUGUUGCAUCCGGUUGGCUACCGAUUCAAUCACGUCACAUUCAGUAUUCUUCCUCUGCCUUUAUGUUGGACUUUCAGUUCCAAUGCACUGGAUUUAACUAUGAGGAUAAACAGAUUUGGAUGGGCCUUGAGCCUUUGCAUAUAAUCACAAACCUUGGCCGUCAUGAGUUGUAUAUCCAUGUCGUGGAUUUUGAUAAUUCAACUUGCUAUGCUCGCUACGAUAAUUUUGUUGUUGAUAGCGGUAAGCAUAAGUAUAAAUUAAAGUCGCUAGGAAAAUACACGGGCGAUGCUGGCGACGCGAUGCGGCAACAUGAGAAUAAUGAAUUCUCCAUAAUGCAAAGAGGCGCAAGUAAAUCCCAUUGUCAUGUCAGUUUCUGGUGGCAUGCCAAGCCAGAAGAUUUUGAAAGCUCAUGCGAUCUAAGUGCCAUAAAGUUGCCAGGAUAUCGCACAUCCAUUUGGUGGAUGGGUGAUGUACGUAAAUCGGUUACUAUGCUCAUUAAGGCAUUUAAGAAUUAAGAAUUGUGUUUGUAUUUUGCACAUUCCACUCUUCAAAUUGUAUGUUUUAUUUAUUUUUUUUUUUUUGCAUAUUCCAUUUACCUAUUUUUUAAUUACACUUUUAUGGUGCACAAAAAAACAAAUAUCAAUGUGUUGUAAUAUAAUGUUUGUAUAUGUUUUAAAUAAAUGUUUUUUGUCCAAAACUAAA